UGCAGCCAGUGUCUUCCAUGGUGGGUUGUCAGAGGGUAGGGUGAACAGAGCGUCAGUAACACUGGUGGUUGAACAUAGCUCACACGCCAUGGCAGGAGCGUCCACCAUAGUAGUUUUGGGGCUUUUGUUCCUCACGGAAUGCCACUCGGCCCCAGUGCAGUGUGGGGAGAUGGUGGGGCGUCUGCAGGCUGAGAUGGAGGACCUGGUGAGGGUGAUCAACGACCAGCACCGCUACAUCCAGGAGCUUCACCUCAGCCAGGCCCAGAAGCUGCCCCAGAUCCCCCAGACACACCUCCAGACUGGGGGCCAGUACAAAGACUGUGCUGAGAUCUUUAAGGAUGGGAACUCCGUUAGUGGCCUGUAUAUGAUCAGACCGGACCAGGCUCCCUCCUCCUUCAUGGUGUUCUGUGACAUGAGUGAUGGAGGAGGCUGGACUGUCUUCCAGAGGAGAAAGGACGGAACGGAGUCCUUCGACAGAGCGUGGGUGGAGUAUAAGCAUGGUUUUGGAGACAGCGAGUCAGACGGAGAGUUCUGGCUAGGGAACGACCCCCUACACUACCUCACCUCUCAAGGCGACUACAACCUAAAGAUCAACAUGGAGGACUUUGACGGAAACCAGCGCUUCGCCAAGUACAGAAACAUGAAAGUUGAUGAUGAAAAGAACCAGUAUAAGCUUCAUCUGGGUGAGUACACUGGCAAUGCGGGGGACGCCCUCCCCGAAGCCCACUCCCGUCCCAGUGGGCAGUGGAACAGUCUAGGGGCCGGUCAACUGGGAGUCAAGUUCAGUACCUACGACCAUCCCAACAAGGACAAUGAGAAGUGUAUCCGCCAUGACAUGUCAGGCUGGUGGUUCAGCAAGUGUGAGUCUGGCAACUUGAACGGUCACUACUACAACGGGCCGUACCAAGCGGCGAUGGAUGACGGGGUGGUCUGGUACACCUGGCACGGCUGGUGGUAUUCAAUCAAAUCCGUAGUCAUGAUGAUCCGGGCCUCCGACGUCCAUCCGUCCUGAUGUCCAACUGACCAGAACGCCAGACGACAUCGAUCCUGUUAAGAGUUUUGCCUCAAUUAGGACAGGCUGAAGGUGGUGUUACAUAGAGAACAUCCAAUCAUAACAAUCUUGAUGCUAAUUGAGGUAAAACAGUAAUUCUGCUCAUAGAUUAUUAAAGGAUUACAUUUAUUUUCAUCGUCAAUUGCAGACCAAAAAUGUAUUUCAGCUUUUAACCCAACCCCUUUGAAUCAGAGGUGU